GCAGGGCGUUCGCAACGCCGGGAAAAUCCGGCCAGCGGGCGCGCACUCUUAAGUACGAAGCUGCUUCGCGUUCUGCGGCGCGAGACUCCACGCGGCCGCCGUAGGGAGAGCAGAGUACGGUGGCCGCGGGGCGGCGGCGACGGGCUCGGCCGGCCGGCGCGGGGCCGCCAUGGGCAACCUGUUUGGCCGCAAGAAGCAGAGCCGGGUCACCGAGCAGGACAGGGCCAUCCUGCAACUGAAGCAGCAGAGGGACAAGCUGAGGCAGUACCAGAAGAGGGUCACACAGCAGCUGGAGAGGGAGCGGGCUCUGGCCAGGCAGCUGCUGCGGGAUGGCAGGAAAGAGCGGGCCAAGCUGCUGCUCAAGAAGAAGAGGUACCGGGAACAGCUGCUUGACAGGACAGAGAACCAGAUCAGCAGCCUGGAAGCCAUGGUUCAGAGCAUCGAGUUCACGCAGAUUGAGAUGAAGGUGAUGGAGGGGCUUCAGGUGGGCAACGAGUGUCUGAACAAGAUGCACCAGGUGAUGUCCAUAGAGGAGGUGGAGAGGAUCCUGGAUGAGACCCAGGAAGCAGUAGAGUACCAGCGGCAAAUUGAUGAGUUGCUGGCAGGAAACUUUACUCAGGAGGAUGAGGAUGCCAUCCUGGAAGAGCUGAAUGCAAUCACUCAGGAACAAAUCGAGUUACCAGAGGUUCCUUCAGAGCCCCUUCCUGACAUAAACCCAGAAGCCCCUACCAAGGCCAGAUCCAGGCAGGCGGAGCUGGUGGCAGCUUCAUAACUCCGACUCUCCAGGGACUCGCAGGGAUUCUCUGAGGACUGGCCCACAGAGCGUUUGGCUGCCUGUCAACCCUGAGGACUCCCAGGAGGCCUGAAGGGCUGCGCUGGCCAGUGUGGGUGUGGUGGCUGGAGCAGCAGCUUACAUGGGCCCUGACGUCAGGGCACCACAACGCGCCUUCGAACUUUAGUCUGGAUGCACCUUUGUCUUGCUCUCAUUCUGGAUUAAGUGGAUACUCAAAGCCAGCCAGGCCCAGCUUCAGGCAGCUGUGGUUCCCACGGUGGCCGCAGCCCAAUACUCCUUGGUGCUGUUCUCAUGGCUGACCCAGUCCGUGUGACCUGCGCUCUUUUGUGAGGAAGCGCUUCAGACCUUGGGGUCCCUAUGUUUCUUUCUCUUGUCUCUGCUGCGCCAAGCUGGUGGGGGGCUUCAGUUAAGGGGUUCUCACCAUGCCUGGCCUCCUGAUGUCCCUCAGUUUCCCUACAGGCUAGUGACAGAAACCCUAGGAUACUGGUGUUCUCCAAAUCUCUCGGAGCAUCUUCUUUGGCACCUCAGACUUGAGCCUCUUAUGUUUUGGGGAGGUGGACCAGGGGCCAUCCUGCUGACACAUCUAGGAGCCUGACUUGGGGGUCUUCAUAAAAGAAAGACAUCUUGAAGGAGGUGACAAGACCCUGUUCCAGUGGGUGUGUACCCCAUGGACUCUGGACACACAGCUGCCAGCCCUCAAGCCACUAGUGCCCCAGGGGAGCAGAGCUUGGAGGUGACUUUCGGGGUCCUGUGCUGGUUUGACAGGGGACAGUCCCUGAUCCUCAGGUCCUUGAGGACCACGGGGCUUUACAUCCUUUCAGGGCCCACCAGGAAAGGACGUCUCUUCCUUAACACAGAACAGGUCAACCCCAGUAUUAAAGUUGGCCCCUGCAUGGUCUCCUGCCUCUUGGACUAGAGUCUGGUAUCUUGGUGUGGUUCCCUGCAUAGGAGCAGUUACACGGGUGGAUUGGAGUGCGGCCCAUCACCAACCAAAACAGCCCUAGCCACCAUGCUCGGCAAAGCCAGGGACUGGGUGCCAGAUGCACCAGGAGAGGAGAGCUUUGGGCUCCUCCUUAUGUAAGCCUGAGUCCCAGGGCAGCCUUGGCCAUGCCCAGCAGCUGUCUUUGAAGGUAGAGGAGGGCAGGGCUCUGGCCACUCUGAAUGUGUAUUUACACACGUGGGGCUGGUGGUUAGGACUGCCAGACCCCAGGCCUGAGACACCUUGUGAGAGAGAAUGCACAUGGGGAGAGUCACAUCUGGUAGACAGCUGGCAUGUCCCCUCCAUGGAGCUGCUCCACACACAGCCAGGCUUAACACUGCUAGGGCUCAGGGAUUCUUGAGAGACCAUGAAACCUGAGUGUGCAGUUGAAAACUGGGAGCAGCCCUAGGCAAAGUGUGGAUGCAGCCUCUCUUGCAGUGUCUGUGUCUACCAGGAGGGGGCUCUGUCCACCUCUGUGCUGGGGUGCUUGGCCAUACUGAGGGUGGUUUUACCAAUGAAGCCUGCUCCAAGUCCAUAGCAAUGUCCUGCAGCAGGAUGCACCCACAUCCUGCAGUCGCACACUGUCGAGGUGUGCUGUGGACAGGGCUUCAGAGGCCCAGGUGGGCUAGGCUCCAUUCCAGGUAGAGGCACAGCUGUUCACUGGGAGAGGUGCCCUCAUCCCAAGGCAGCCAAGAGUCGUAACUCUUGAGUAAGGACUUCCUUUUGGGGAUAAGGCCUUGCUAUGUAGCCCAACUGCCUACACGGUCUGCUGGCCUCAGCCUUCAGCCUUCUGAAUGCUGAGAUGACAGUAUUCUGCACCUGGCUUGGGGUGGUAGCCUGUAGGCUCCACUCCUGACCCUGUGAGCUUUGGCCUUCUUAAGACCUUCCUGUUCCAUCAUGCUUCCCUGUCAGUUAGUGUAGUCGGUAUAGGAUCCAUGACAAUCACAAGCUAAUAAAGCUUGUGGCAGAGCUGGGGUCCUGCCAGAGACAAUCCUUGGAGUCUUGCAGGUGAGCAGUGGUGCUGUGAGUAAGGGCCACUUGGCCAGGUUGGGACCAUGGUGCUCCCUGGAAACCACCUGAGAUUGUGGCCUAAAGGUCCAGGCAGGGGCUAAAGGGGCUAGCUCAUGGGAUGAACUUGUGUGGACAGCUGGGAGAAAGGUACCUGUGUGGUACAAAAGGGCCUUCCUAGAGGAAUGAUGUGUGUGCUUGGUGUUUGCCUGGCUCCUCUGCAGAAUACUGGCUGGGUGAGGGGAGAUUCGGAUCCAAACUCAGAGCCUAGCUGGCCGUCUUCUGCAUCAGCCACUGAAGUCUUUCACCUCAGCGCCUUCACCUGCCAGAUCCUCGGAGCAGAAUCCUCAUGCUUACAGCCCUCAGUGAAUACUGUAGGCUGGCCACACAAGUGCAAGCUGUGUGCACCCAAGUCUGGCAUGGUGGCUUUCAUGCUGGUAAUCCUAAUACCAGGGAGGUAAAGACCGGAGGCCAGCCUGGGCUACAUUGUAAGACCCUGUCUCAGGAGCACAGAAGCUGGGAAUAUGGCUCAUGGGUAGAGUGCUUGCCUAGUUUACACGAGACCCUGGAUUUGAAGCAAAGAGAUAAAUUGUA